UAAAUUCACUUCCCCAACAGCAUCCAUUAAGAGGAGUGGAUGGCAAAGAGGAGGGAGCUUCCUGGAAUCCGUUAGGAGCUCCUUUGCCCUGUUUCUGAGUCAGGUGCCAGGCCAGCUAAUGGGGGAAAAAUCUAGACUUUGCUGAUCUCUGAUGCAAGAAGAGGAAGGGACAGGCCGGGCUGCCACUCAUGCCGGGAACCGGUUGAGCGGGAAAUGAAUUUUAGCCCCUGAAUUCACUGGUCUCUUUCCCCUCUGCAGAGGCGUCUUGUGUAGGCUGUGAUUUGCUUGGCCAAAGACCGGGACUGAAGAAAUUAACAAAGAAGGUGGACGCACCACCUGGGCUUCAUUCCAGCCUCUCCCCCCCCCCUCCUCCUCCCGUGUAGCAAGCCUGACAGGGACCUUCAUAACUUAAGGCCCAUGAUUUAAACCUGAGACAUUCCUCCUCCAGGUAGGGCUGGCGGUUUUUGCAAAGCAAAAAGAAAAAAAAAACUGACACUCAGGCCGGCAGGUAUCAGUUCCCACCUGUGAUCCUCCGUGGCAUCUCUUGUCGCUUUCUGCAACACAGACGGAUGGAAAAGGAGGUUAAACUUCUGGACAGGAUUUGAGGCUCUCGGGACGGAAGGAGAGAUGACUGCCCAUUUGUUGCUGGCCGUUGGGGGUGCUGUGUUGGGGUCACUGCAGUUCGGGUACAACACCGGAGUGAUCAACGCACCGCAGAGGGUGAUAGAAGAAUUUUACAACAAAACAUGGUUCAAUCGAUACGAGACGUCCAUCACCCCGGGAAUGCUGACUACCCUCUGGUCCCUCUCGGUGUCCAUCUUCUCAGUCGGUGGGAUGUUUGGGUCAUUCUCAGUCGGGCUCUUUGUCAACCGCUUUGGACGGAGGAAUUCCAUGCUGAUGUCCAACUCUCUCGCUUUCCUUUCGGCCAUCCUCAUGGGCUUCUCCAAGAUGGCCGGCUCCUUUGAGAUGUUGAUCCUCGGGCGUUUCAUCGUGGGCGUUUACUCGGGCCUCACCACCGGCUUCGUGCCCAUGUACGUGGGUGAGGUGUCCCCCACAUCUCUGAGGGGGGCGUUAGGAACCCUCCACCAGCUUGGAGUCGUGGUGGGAAUCCUGAUUGCACAGAUUUUCGGUAUUGACCUCAUCAUGGGGAACGAAAGCCUCUGGCCCCUGCUGUUGGGGUUCACCUUCAUCCCCUCCUUGGCCCAGUGCAUCCUGCUGCCUUUGGCUCCCGAGAGCCCCCGUUUCCUUCUCAUUAACCGCAACGAGGAGAACAAAGCUAAGAGUGUCCUAAAGAAGCUCCGUGGGACAACCGAUGUCGGCCAAGACCUCCAGGAGAUGAAAGAGGAGAGCCGGCAGAUGCUUCAGGAGAAGAAGGUCACCAUCUUCGAACUCUUCCGUUCGCCUAUCUACCGCCAGCCUCUUUUGGUUGCCAUCAUACUGCAGCUCUCUCAACAACUUUCGGGGAUCAACGCGGUGUUCUACUACUCCACAGAUAUCUUUGAAAGAGCCGGAGUGCAGCAACCUGUCUAUGCCACUAUUGGGGCGGGAGUUGUCAACACAGCCUUCACGGUCGUCUCGCUGUUUGUGGUAGAACGGGCCGGCCGAAGGACGCUGCACCUCAUUGGACUCAUGGGGAUGGCCAUAUGUGCAGUUCUCAUGACCAUCGCCCUGGCACUACUGACUCAAGUGCCAUGGAUGUCUUAUCUCAGCAUCGUCGCCAUCCUGGGCUUCGUGGCGUUUUUCGAAAUUGGCCCCGGACCCAUUCCUUGGUUCAUUGUGGCAGAGUUGUUCAGCCAAGGCCCACGUCCUGCUGCCAUCGCCGUUGCCGGACUGUCCAACUGGACCGCCAACUUCAUCGUAGGGAUGGGCUUUCAGUAUGUGGCGGACCUCUGUGGUGCCUACGUCUUCAUCAUCUUCACCAUCUUGCUGGUCCUCUUCUUCAUCUUCACCUACUUCAAGGUGCCUGAGACCAAGGGCCGAACCUUCGACGAGAUCGCCUCCGAGUUCCGCCAAGGGGGUGCCUCCCAUGGAGACAAGAGCCAAGAUGAGUUCCACAGCUUGGGUGCCGACUCCCAAGUCUAAAGUUCAGGAGGUGGGCAGGCAUCUCCUCCGCUUCACUCUUCUCCUCCUGCCCUUCCUCUCCACAUGCUUGUUACGACGCCAGGCCCAAGGCGAAGAAGAAGUAUUUGGGCCCCGAUUCCAGCCCCCACGGCCUGGUCUCUGGGCGACGAACCCGUCUCGUAGCUCCUUAGGAAGGACCCUUAGCGGCUGGUCUUGGGUCCAGGAUUUCAACGUUGUCAAAAGCGUUCAGAGGUAUCGAUUCCUCUUGAGAAGAUAGCACUUCCUACCCCACCCUUCCCAGUCCUUACUCUGUUCUUUUUUCCUCUUUGUUUUAUAAAGGAGAAAAAGCAUCUCCCCUUUGCCCCCCAACCCCCCCCCUUGUGUUGCCAGAGACAAAACACUGAAUACCAUUAAACGCUGGUUAAAUACAAGACAAGGGGGGGGGGGAAACUGAAGAGCGGAACUGCUGAAAGGAACUCGGAUGGGAUUUGGAGGGUCAAGCGGUGGGGUUUUGGAGGCCGGAGUUUUGAAAAGUUGGGGAGAAGAACUGAGUGGACACAGGGACGUCCUUUGAGAAGUGGCCAUCACAUUCCUCAGAGGGACAGUCAUCCUCCAGAGCAAGGGGAUCCUGGGCUCGGUGGUCCAAGGGAGGUGAUGAAAGAACGGAGAUGGUUUGGGAAGGGAAGGCGAUCUACCCCGAGGCACCUCUGGCAGAGUGGGGAGGGUUUUUUUCCACAGUUUGGGGGUAACAACUGCAGGCUGUUAACCUUUGGGGGGAGUGACAGCUGUCCCUGAUCUAGAAGGGGGGGGCAGGUUUUGGCAUUUUUCUGAUGAGACAAGACCCCCCCCCCCAGUUCAAGGGUCUGAAGGCAAGAGGGUGCCAAGGCUGCCCCUCGGCUGGUUCAAAAGCUUGAGAGGAGCCAGCGAUGGCUGCCCCAGUAGUUGUGAAGACCACCCUGGGUGACCCCCCCACACACACACCUGGCCCACCCUUGCUAGAGGUGGACGGGUCAGACCGUGGCCCAAAGGCUUCCUCCUUGCUCGAAAUUCUCUGGAUGGGGAGGAAAAGAGAGAGAGACAGAAAGAUGAAAGGAAGAAUGAGAGGAUGAGAGAGAAAGAGCAAAUGAGAGAGAGAAAAAUUCCUUCCUUUUCAGGAAUACUUUCCCUCAGAUUCCUGCCCAGGGUGAGGUUGGUCUGACUUCAGACUCCGCCGGGUACAGGGCGUGCGGUCCUGGGUUCAAAAAAAGAACAUUUCCCCAGCUUGGCCGAAGAUGGUCCCAACGGACUGCCUCUGAAGAGAAAGUAGAGCUUUCUGCCCUGGAAAUUGACUUAAUUCCCGCCCCCCCCAAAAGCCAACAAAAAACUCCAGAAGUCAUACACUGCGCCAAGACUGACCCACCCACCCAUAUCCUUUUCCAGAUCCCCAUUAACUGCCUUGCCCCCCCCCCCCCCCCCGCCCUGCAAGGGAGCUCAGACAGACGCAGUUCUAUUGUGUCUUCGGCAACUGAACUCGCUCAACACCCCAUUCUCUCCCCCUCACCCCCCACCCCAAAAUGAGAAUAGCUGCACCCGUUUUCCUAGCUUUCCUAGACUGGAAAAUAUUUAUAUUAUUAUGUAUAUAUAUUUCUUUUUUUGUUCCUGUUUCAUGCGGACAGUGCGCUCAGUUAUAAGCAUUGUUCCCCAUAUUCCCAGUAUUUCCUGCGAAUACUGUAUUCUUGAAUAGUUCUAGUUUCUCUAGCUGUCGUUAAAGAGCUGCGUUUGACUGCGAUAAACUUAUUUUUUUAUAUAGAGUAUCUCACCUGCACUGUAGCAGAACCCGUUGCACUGAUAAUGUUAGGUUUCUCUUUAGUCUAGUCAGCCAACCUGGUUUUAAAAAAAAGAAGAAAAAAAGAGAAAAAAAGGCCUUUCCUGUUUUGUGUUUGCUAGUCCUCCACAGGUUUGCAAAAAGAAAGAAGAAUCCUGAAGCGAGACAAUUAAACGCGCCUAUUUAAUAAUAUAUGUAUAUUUUAUUUAUUUGUCUGUUUGUAAACCGAAGGCAUACACACAACCGCACUUGAAUAAAAGAAUUACAUUUCUAGGGUAUUUUUUUUAAAACGUUAA